GCGGAGAAUUAUUGUCCAAUACAAUUUCCGAUUUUCCAUCAGCGGUUCGAAGGGUUUGAAGCGCUCAAUAAUUCAAGGAGCAUUUUUUACCAAGUUAAAAAAAUGUGGCCUUAAUAAUACUAAUAUUUAAUUAGAGUAAUUGUCAACAUUCGUCGCUUUAACUCUGUUCUCUGCAAUCGACUUUAUUUCGCAUGUGGGUACGUCUCCAUUGAGAGAAACGGCUGAGCGGACGGAGCCGAUUCGGCCACUCAUUCAGUUUUCUCCUUUCAUUCCAUGGAAAAUCAGGGUUAGAUGGAUCAUUUUUAGCUCUUGUCGAAUUGUAAUUUAAUUCAACUCCCAUCAUGACGGAAUCGCUGAAGGUUAUUUCGCAGCAAUUGAUGGUGGAUGAAUCCCCAAAAACCAAAUCUUUCGAUCAUUCCAUGCUAAAUGGGACAGUCAGCCAGCCUUCGGAAAAUCAACAUGCUGGAAAUAAAAACCUCGUUCAGGUCAGCAACAAUCAACCUCUCAACGACCCAGUUACGAAGGCUGUGGUCGACAACAUAAUGGGCAACUUGCCCACUAAAAAACCCUUUUAUCGUUGUGAUGAUUGUGAUCUCUCGUUUACAAGCCACGCAGUAUUAGAAGCACAUUUGCAAGGUGCUCGCCAUGCCAAGCAGAUUAGGACAAGGACGAUAAUGGCAACCUUAGAUGAAUCGAAGGUGGCCUUUACGAAGGACGCAGAAACAAAUGGACUUCAGUGCAAUGUGUGCAACGUCCGUCUUAAUUCGCUACAGCAACUCCAUACGCAUUUAAAUGGAAACCGACACAAAAAGAAAGCACUAAGAGGUGGAUGGCAAAAUGCGGAGUCGGAAGCUGAAGUUGUGUCAGGAACAGCGUCGUCGUCACAAAAAGUUAUUACAGGGAAUCUUUUUUACGAAAAGGCUACUUGCAAAACAUGCAAGGAAACUUUCGACACCGUGAAAUUAUACAAAAAUCAUUGUAAAAUAAAGAAACAUAUGGAAAAGGCGAAGCUGAAGAAGAAGGAAAAACGAAAGCGAAUAUUCACCGAGAUGCACAAAGCAAAAUCGAAAGCAAUGCAGAAAACGAACCAGACAAAUUUCGAGGCGAAGCAGCCGCUGGAAAGUUAUUUUGUAUCCAGUGGAUACUUCCAAAAUGGCACUUCUUGUGAAAUGAGUGAAGAUAUAUUUUAAGAGGGAGAAAUUAGACUCAAGAGUGCUUUAAAGUAGAGUUUAUUGAAGUGAAGAAAAUAAAGAGAGUAUGUAAGUAUUGUUAAAUAAAAUUGGGUUAUAUUC